AUUGUUUUGGAGAAACUCUUCAUCUGGUGUGUCUGAACUGAGGGUUGUCCUACUGGGAGGAGACUGGUCCCAGAGAAAUCUAGUUAGGACCCUCAUACUGGGAGGGAAAGAUUUCACCACACAACCAAACUCCUUUAUCAAAAUCACUGGAUCCUUGGGAAACUGGAAAAUAUCUGUUAUCAACACUCCAGAUCUGCAGUUUCCCUCAGUGAAGGAAAUAACAGAGUUUGUUAGAAAAUGUGCUGCAGCCUCUGAUCCUGGACCUCAUGUGUUCCUGCUGGUUCUGCAGCCUGAAAGUUUCACUGAGGAAGAUAAAAACAGGAUCCACCAAGUUCUUUACCACUUCAAUGAUCAAUCAUUUGAUCAUUCACUGAUAAUGAUUCUGAAUCCCAGACAGGAAAGUUCAGGUUUAAUGGAAGAAUGCAUGAAGAAUCCUCCGUUACAGAACCUGAUCAGAGUGUGUAGAUACAGAUAUUUAUUCCAAAUGAUGGUUGAACCUUUAGAGCUUCUGACUCGUUUUGAUCAAAUAGUGAAAGAGAACAAUGGAGAACAUGUGAGCUAUAAAGAGCCAGAGGAAACGGCGACUCCAGGAGGGUUAGCAGCUGCUGGUGAAGAUGAAGUUUGUGCAUUCAGGAUUGUACUACUUGGAGAAAAUGAGAACAAAAAGGCUGAACUUGUUAACCAGGUGAUCAGAAAUCAAGAACUUGUCAUCCGAAAACCUUCUUCCCAGUGUGUGGCUUACUGUGGAAAACUGAGAGGAAAACCAGUAACUAUGGUAACAUUUCCUGACCUGUUCAGUCUGACUGAGAGUGAAAUGAGAGCAGAGUUAAAGAGCUGCAGGGAUCUUUGUCAUCCUGGACCAAAUGUUCUGCUGCUGUUGCUGAAUCCUUCAGAUUUCACAGAGAAGAAGAAAGAAAAACUGGAUUCCAUCUUUAAAAUGUUUGAUGGAAAAACCCUCAAACACUCAAUGGUCAUCAUGACAGAUAAAAAUGAUACAACAGAUUCUGCUCUUGAUUCAUUCAUCACUGACAGACAAUAUACAGACAGACAGUACAACAUGGCUGACAACAAUCACCAGACGUUAAUGAGGAAGAUUGAAGACGUUGUAAAUCGUGACCCAGGAGCCUCUCUGAUCCUGAAAGAGGAUGGAGCCGAGUCCAAACGUGACGAGACUCUGAAACACUCAAACUCUGCUUUGGUUGGGAGGAGAGAAGAAGAGAAAACGUUCGAAUCAGACCAAACGGAGGAUAAACUGCAGACACAGACAGAUCGUCUCCGGAUCGUUCUGAUUGGGAAAACUGGCAGUGGGAAGAGUUCAUCAGGAAACACCAUCCUGGGAAGAAAAGAGUUUAGAGCUGCAACUUUUCCUGAGUCAGUAACUAAAAUCUGUCAGAAAGCUGAAUGUGAUGUAAAUGGUCGUCAUGUUGUUGUUGUUGACACUCCUGGUCUGUUUGACACCACCUUGACCUCAGAUGAGGUUAAUGAAGAGUUAAAGAAAUGUUUCAGUCUGGUGUCUCCAGGUCCUCAUGUCUUCCUGCUGGUUUUACCGAUCGGCAGAUUCACUAUAGAAGAAGAUACAAAAACACUGGAACUGAUUCAGGAAGUUUUGGGAGAAAAUUAUAAAAAGUUUACUAUUGUCCUCUUUACCAAAGGAGAUGCACUGAAAUAUGAUAAUAUAUCCAUUGAAGAAUACACUGAAUAUGAUUGUGAUGAGGCCUGUAAGAAACUGAUCACAGACUGUGGAGGAAGAUAUCAUGUGUUUAAUAACUAUGAAAUAAAUAAUCGCUCACAAGUCACUGAUCUGAUCAAAAUGAUCAACAAGAUGGUGAAAGAGAAUAAAAACAGCUGCUACACCAGAGAGACUUUCAGUUUACAUAGUAAACAUCCAUCCAUUAAUCCAUCCAUCCAUUCAUCCCACAAUGAAUGGAUGGAUGGAUUAAUGGAUCCAUUCAUCCAUUCAUCUUCUUCUUUUAUCCGGGGCUGGGACACGAGGUCAACAGCUUCAGAAGGAAGGCACAGACUUUCCUCUCUCAAGUCUCGUUUUCCAGCUCCUCCAGGAAUCCCAAGGCGUUCCCAGGCCAGCAGAGAGACAUCGCCCCUCCAGCAUGUCCUCACCCUCCAGCGUGACCAUGGUCUCUCCCAGGGGAGAGACCAUCGUGGUUCUCCUUUUCAAGGAGGACAAGGACGACACGGGUCCCCCUUGUUCUCCAGGAAACCUCCUUAA